CAGCUAGCGAGCGAGCAAUCACAGCGCAGAGCGCAGGGGGCAGAGCCGCACGCGUAACAAACCUAGCACCAGCAGCUCCGGGGAAAAAGGCCUCCGCGAGAAAAGUGAAGAAGGAAAACAAAAAAAACCAACGCCUCCGCCCUCCUCCUCCCGCACCACCCCUCCGCCCUCCUUCCUCCCCCCUCUCUCCAUUCCUCGCCCUCCCCCACUUCCGCUCGAUCUCUCUCCCCAGCUCGCCAGCCGCCUCCUCCCCUCCCAAACCCCUCCCCGCGCUCCCCGCGCCUGGAUCCCGCCUACCCUCGCCGCCGGGCGGCCGCCGGCUCCGGCUUCUUCGGGCGUGCACCAGCCGAGGUCCCAUUGGCGCGGGCCGCUGUAGGCAGGCCGUGGGCGUCGAGUCUCCGGGGGGCGGGGCGCGAUGAGGAGGGCCGUGGGCUGACGCCGAUGAUGUCGGACGCCUCGUCGGAUCUCGGCGGCGGCAGGGCCGGGCCCGUGGAGCGCGACAUCGAGCAGGCCAUCACUGCUCUCAAGAAAGGAGCAUACCUGCUGAAGUAUGGACGUAGAGGGAAGCCAAAAUUUUGUCCCUUCAGGCUUUCCAAUGAUGAAUCUAUAUUGAUUUGGUUCUCAGGGAAAGAGGAGAAGCAACUAAGAUUGAGUCAUGUGUCUAGAAUAAUUCCUGGACAGCGAACUGCGAUUUUUCAGAGGUAUCCACGACCUGAGAAGGAAUGCCAGUCAUUUUCUCUCAUAUCCCAUGAUAGAUCAUUGGACAUUAUAUGCAAAGAUAAAGAUGAAGCUGAAGUGUGGUUUGCUGGGCUAAAAACACUGAUAUCACGUAGUCACCAAAGAAAAUGGAGAACAGAAUCAAGAAGUGAUAUGCUUUCCUCUGGUACAACUAGUCCAAGAACUUACACGAGAAGGAGCUCUCCCUUGAGUUCUCCUUUCAGUAGCAAUGAUAGUGUCCACAAGGAUGGCAGCGAAAAUUAUCGACUCCGGAGUCCAUAUGGGAGUCCACCAAAGGUUGGCUUGGACAAGGCCUUCUCUGACAUUGUAUCAUAUGCAGCCCCACCUAGACCCUUCUUCCCAUCGGAUUCUAAUGUUGGAUCAGUUCACUCUGUGUCUUCUGGGCACUCAGAUAACACAAAUGGGAACUCGAGGGGCAUCUCAAUGGAUGCUUUCCGAGUUAGUUUAUCAAGUGCUGUCAGUUCAUCAAGUCAUGGUUCUGGUCAUGAUGAUGGUGAUGCUCUAGGUGAUGUUUUCAUUUGGGGAGAGGGAACUGGAGAGGGAAUUCUUGGUGGUGGCAAUUCAAGGGUUGGAAGUUCCUCGGGUGCAAAGAUGGAUUGUCUUGUACCGAAGCCAUUGGAGUUUGCUGGAAGGCUUGAUGUGCAGAACAUUUCAUGUGGAGGAAGGCAUGCUACACUUGUCACUAAGCAGGGAGAGGUCUACUCUUGGGGUGAGGAGUCAGGUGGGCGUCUUGGUCAUGGUGUGGACUGUGACGUGCCCCAGCCAAAACUUAUCGAUGCUCUUGCUCAUAUGAACAUUGAGCUAGUAGCAUGUGGUGAGUACCAUACUUGCGCAGUCACGCUCUCUGGAGAUUUGUACACAUGGGGAAAUGGCACCUUUAAUUUUGGACUUUCAGGUCAUGGGAAUGAAGUCAGUCAUUGGAUGCCCAAAAGGCUCAAUGGACCAUUAGAAGGCAUACAUGUUUCGUCUAUUUCAUGUGGCCCUUGGCACACGGCUGUAGUAACAUCUGCAGGUCAGCUAUUCACAUUUGGAGAUGGCUCUUUUGGAGUUCUAGGUCAUGGAGAUCGUCAGAGUAUUUCGGUACCAAGGGAGGUGGAAUCCCUGAAAGGGCUACGGACUGUUCGCGCAGCUUGUGGUGUGUGGCACACAGCCGCCGUUGUUGAAGUUAUGGUUGGGAAUUCAAGUUCCAGCAAUUGUUCUUCUGGCAAGAUAUUUACAUGGGGUGAUGGUGAUAAAGGUCGUUUGGGACAUGGUGACAAAGAAACAAGACUUGUCCCAACAUGCGUGGCUUCUUUGGUUGAGCCUAACUUUUGCCAAGUAGCUUGUGGUCAUUGUUUCACGGUGGCACUAACAACCUCAGGGCAUGUGUACACAAUGGGAAGUUCUGUCUAUGGUCAGCUUGGAAAUCCACAAGCAGAUGGCAUGGUUCCUGCGCGUGUUGAAGGAAAGCUACAUAAAAACUUUGUGGAGGAGAUUUCAUGUGGCGCUUAUCAUGUUGCUGUUUUGACUUCCAGGACAGAGGUGUAUACAUGGGGUAAAGGUGCUAAUGGCCGGUUAGGACAUGGUGAUACUGAUGAUAGGAAUUCUCCUACACUAGUUGAAGCUCUGAAAGAUAAGCAAGUCAGGAGUGUUGUUUGUGGAAUUAACUUCACUGCAGCAAUAUGCAUUCACAAGUGGGUGUCUGGAGUUGAUCAGUCCAUGUGUUCUGGAUGUCGCUUGCCGUUUAACUUGAGGAGAAAACGGCAUAAUUGCUACAACUGUGCUCUUGUAUUUUGUCAUUCCUGCAGCAGUAAGAAAUCUCUGAAGGCUUCAUUAGCACCAAACCCAAACAAGCCUUACCGUGUCUGUGAUAGCUGCUACGGUAAACUUAAUAAGGGACCUGAGACAGAUAGGUAUUCUUCAGCAAAGCGCGGAGCUAUCUUACAAGGGUUCAAUGAUUCUAUCAAUGAUGAUUUGGAGACAAGAUCAAAUGUCCAAUUGUCUAGAUUGUCAUCAAUGGAAUCCUUCAAGAACAUGGAUAGCAGAUAUUCAAAGAAAAAUAAGAAGUUUGAAUUUAAUAGCAGCCGUGUUUCCCCUAUUCCAAAUGGCAGCUCUCACUGGAGCGGGCUCAACAUUUCUAAAUCUUUUGGCUCAUCAAAGAAAUUUUUCUCAGCGUCGGUUCCUGGAUCAAGAAUUGCUUCUAGGGCAACGUCACCUGUCUCAAGAAGAACAAGCCCUCCUCGAUCUACAACUCCAACACCUACCUUGGGUGGUCUAACAUCUCCUAGAGUUGUUGUAGAUGGUGCAAAGCCAAUAAAGGAUAGUGUAAGCCAAGAGGUUAUACAUUUGAGAUCGCAGGUGGAAAAUCUUACCCGGAAGUCCCAUCUACUGGAAGUUGAAUUGGAGAGAACAACUAAACAGUUAAAGGAAGCUAUUUCCAUUGCAGGGGAGGAAACUGCGAAGUGCAAAGCUGCAAAAGAAGUAAUCAAGUCGCUCACUGCACAAUUGAAGGGUAUGGCAGAGAAGCUACCUGAAGGAGCAGGAGCAGGAGCAGGGGCAGGGGCAGGGGCAGGGGCAGUUAAGCACAGUAGACUGCCACCACUUUCUGGAGUGCCUGUUAAUGACGUAUCAAUGGCAACUGAGAAUUUAGGUAGCCCAAGAAAUUCAGGAGAGCCAUAUUUGAACGGGUCUAAUGGGUUGAUUGUUUCUAAUGGACCAAGUUCAGUUAGAAAUAAGACUCACCUGGAAGUUGGCAAGAAUGGAACCAAACAGCCCGAUUCAGACUCUAAGCCUGAGUCUGAAUGGGUAGAGCAAGAUGAACCAGGGGUCUACAUCACCCUUACUGCCCUACCUGGAGGGGCUAGAGAUCUUAGGAGGGUACGGUUCAGCCGGAAGCGUUUCAGCGAGACGCAAGCAGAGCAAUGGUGGCAAGAGAACCGGGCAAGGUUAUCCAAAUUCUUAGGGAAAAAAACUCGGUGGAGAGGAAAGGAGUGCAUUUGUUUCGUCCACCUCAGCUGGCAUGGUAUGGAGAACGUUGCAAUCGGUCUGAACACCAUUGCCUCUGUUCUAGAAGCGCAUCAGCUAGCUACGAACAAUCUCAACCCAUGGCGAAUCGUGGCGUGCGUGCAAAAGUGCACAACACGUUCAAGAAAACCGAUUUCUAGUAGUACCGCUUCCUUAAGAGAGCUGCUGAUUGUCGAGGCUAUUUGUAGUUUCUCAAGCUGUUUCCCGCUCAUCUACUGCUUCCGCAAUCCACACAUCGACCCCUCUCACGCGCACUCGCGGCUCGCCUCGCCCGCAGCCAUGGAUCAGGACCUGUCGUCGGAGCUGGACCCAGCGCUCCUCCUCUCCACGUCGGCGUCCUCGUCGUCGCCGCAGGACUCCGCGUCGCCGUCCUUCUCCUUCUACCCGCCCUCCCCUCCGGAGUACACCCUCGCCGUCACCAACCUCUCCUGCCCAGCGCCGCGCCGCGCCAACGCCACCCUCCUCCCGAGGUUCUUGCCCUCCUUCUCCGCGGCCCCGCCCCCCGCCGCCGAGGGGCUCCUCAACUCCGUCUCCUUCAUCGCGUCCAGCUCAAGCAUCCUGGCCGUCGUGGGCCCCAGCGGCGCCGGCAAGUCGACGCUCCUCCGCAUCCUGUCCGGCCGCGGCACCGGCUCGGAGAUCGCCAAGGCGCCCACCGUGUGCAUCAACGGCAACGCCGUCACCUCCCGCGCGCAGCUGCGCCGGACGUGCGGCUUCGUGACGCAGGACGACAACCUCCUGCCGCUGCUCACCGUCCGCGAGACCAUCCUCUUCGCCGCGCGCUUCAGGCUCGGCUCCUCCGUGACCGCGCGGGAGCGGCACGAGCGGGUGGAGGCGCUCAUGCAGGAGCUAAGGCUGUCGGAGGUGGCCGACAGCUACGUCGGCGGCGGCGGUGGCGAGGCCAUGUCGCCGUCCCGCGGGGUGUCCGGGGGCGAGCGCAAGCGGGUGUCCAUCGCGGUGGACAUGGUGCACGACCCGCCGGUGCUGCUGCUGGACGAGCCCACGUCGGGGCUGGACAGCCGGUCGGCCGUGGACGUGCUGGCGCUGCUGCACGAGGUGGCGCGCGCGCGGCGGCAGGUGGUGGUGCUCAGCAUCCACCAGCCCAGCUACCGCAUGCUCGGCUACAUCUCCUCGCUGCUGCUGCUCUCCCGCGGCGCCGUCGCGCACUGCGGCUCGCUGAGGUCGCUCGAGGACGCGCUGGCGAGGCUGGGCCACAAGAUCCCCGCGCAGCUCAACCCGCUGGAGCUGGCCAUGGAGGUCACCGAGCAGCUCCAGGCGGACCGCGCCAAGUUCGCCGAGCUCAGGGACAGCGACCAGUACGAGGAGGAAAGGGAAAGCCCCGGCGUCGCCAACGGCAGCCUUCAGGUGCCCGAGCACGGGUACGGCAGCCGCGCCGUGGAGGUGGCGGCGCUGACAGUGCGCUGCUGGCGCACCAUGUACCGCACGCAGCAGCUCUUCGCGGCGCGGGCGGCGCAGGCGGUGGUCGGCGGCCUGGGCCUCGGCAGCGUCUUCUUCCGCGUGCGCGCCGACCCGGACGGGCUGGCGCUCCGGCUGGGCCUCUUCGCCUUCAGCCUCAGCUUCCUCCUCUCCUCCACCGUGGAGGCGCUGCCCAUCCUCCUCCACGAGCGGCGCGUGCUGAUGCGCGAGGCCUCCCGCCGCGCCUACCGCCUGUCCUCCUACGUGGUGGCCAACGCGCUGGUGUUCGCGCCGUGCCUGCUCGCCGUGGCGGUCCUCUUCUCGGCGCCCGUGUACUGGCUGGUGGGCCUCCGCGCCUCCCUGGCCGCCUUCGGGUUCUUCGUGCUCGCCGUGUGGCUCAUCGUGCUCAUGGCCAGCUCCCUGGUGCUCUUCCUCAGCGCCGUGUCCCCGGACUUCAUCCUCGGCAACUCGCUCAUCUGCAUCUUCCUGGGCGUCUUCUUCCUCUUCUCUGGCUACUUCAUACCCAAGGAGAGCAUCCCGAGGUACUGGGCCUUCAUGUACUACGUGUCCAUGUACAGGUACCCGCUGGACCUGCUGCUCAUCAACGAGUACGGGGGCGGCGCCAGGGACAAGUGCGUGGCGUGGGUGGGAGGGGACGCCAUGAACGGUGACGGCGUUUGCUUGAGCACCGGAGGCGACGUGCUGAGGGGGAGAGGGGUCGACGAGGGCAUGAGGUGGGUCAAUGUGGGUGUCAUGCUGGGCUUCUUCCUCGUGUACAGGAUCAUGUGCUGGGCUGUGCUGGUGAGGAGGGCGUCCAAGACCACUCUCUGAUCCUUCCUUCUUUCCCUUGUUUUUGUUUGUCAGCUUCAUUGGUUUGGAUCAUAUAUACAAGCCGCGUUAUUUGUUUGCUUUUGUCCUGUAGUUUGCUCUUUGUUUAGAUGUGUUGAGUAAGAAGUGCAAUGCAAGUUUGCACUCAUGUGUGUAAAAUGCUUGAUUUGGGUUCAUGAAAAGAAAAUUUCAACCUGUCUACCUGAA